AUGGCUGACGUUGAAGUGGAAGCGCCUCUAAACUUCGACGCGCUCCAGGGCCUCACAACCGAUGCCUACAACCAGCCCACCAAGGACACCAAGAUCUUCAAGGACGAGUGCAUGUACUGCUUCAACACCCCAUAUUUUGAAGGAGGGCUCUACGUCUGUCUCAAGACCUACUGCGCGUUCUGCCCGUGCCACAUCGCCGACUAUGCUGCGCGUACACGUAGCACGGCCUUCGUGCAAGUUCUCAGCAAAAAGGUCCCCCUCGAGCAGCAUAACGAGCCCGAACAGAAGAUCAGUCGUCUGGCCGUCGGCGUUGAGGGUGGAUUUGGGGAGAAG